GGCUUUAUUAUUUUAGCAUCCCGGGCAGCAGGUUUCUGCUGAGUUUGGAGUUACUCGCCACGACUGUAUGCCUGCGUCCCAUAGGUAAUAUCUAACCACCGACCAGGGGCUCUGCAACACAAGGAGUCUGCAUGUCUAGCAACUAGACAUGCUCAGCUUUGUGGAUACACGGAUUUUGUUGCUGCUCGCAGUAACUUCAUACCUAGCAACAUGUCAAUCAAAUGAGGCAACUGCAGGGCGGAGGGGUCCCAGAGGAGACAAAGGGCCACCAGGAGAAAGGGGUCUACCAGGUGUACCCGGCAUAGAUGGUGAAGAUGGUCCACCAGGCCCACCAGGCCCCCCUGGUCCUCCAGGUCUUGGCGGAAACUUCGCUGCUCAGUAUGAUCCAUCGAAAGCAGCUGAUUACGGCCAAGGACCCAUGGGUAUAAUGGGACCCAGAGGCCCACCUGGAACAAGUGGACCCCCUGGUGCUCAAGGUUUCCAAGGACCUGCUGGUGAGCCUGGUGAACCUGGUCAAACAGGUCCUGUUGGUGCCCGUGGUCCAGCUGGUCUUCCUGGAAAGGCUGGUGAAGAUGGUAACCCUGGAAAACCUGGAAGACCUGGUGAGAGGGGCGUUCCUGGUACUCAGGGUGCUCGUGGUUUCCCUGGAACUCCUGGUCUGCCCGGCUUUAAGGGAAUUAGGGGACACAACGGUCUGGAUGGUCAAAGGGGACAAGCUGGUGCUCCAGGUGUCAAGGGUGAACCUGGUGCCCAUGGUGAAAAUGGUAGCCCAGGACAAGCUGGUGCUCGUGGCCUCCCCGGUGAAAGAGGAAGAGUAGGUCCUCCUGGACCCGCUGGUGCUCGUGGAAGUGAUGGCAGCACUGGCCCCACCGGUCCUGCUGGCCCCAUUGGUGCUGCUGGUCCUCCAGGUUUUCCAGGUGCUCCUGGUGCCAAGGGUGAUAUUGGAGCUGCUGGUGCUGUCGGUCCCAGUGGUCCUGCUGGUCCAAGAGGGGAGCCCGGACUUCCUGGUGCUUCUGGCCCCGUUGGCCCUGUAGGCAACCCUGGUGCUAAUGGCCUUGCUGGUGCUAAAGGUGCAGCUGGUCUUCCUGGUGUUGCUGGUGCUCCUGGUUUGCCUGGUCCUCGUGGUAUUCCUGGACCUGCUGGCCCAGCUGGUGCAGCUGGCCCUAGAGGACUUGCUGGUGAGCCUGGCCUUGCUGGAUCCAAGGGAGAAACUGGUAACAAGGGUGAACCUGGUGCUGCUGGUCCACCGGGUCCCGCUGGUCCAAAUGGUGAGGAAGGCAAGAGAGGCUCUACUGGUGAAGCUGGUGCUACCGGCCCCCCUGGUCCAGCAGGUCUAAGAGGCGUUCCUGGGUCUCGUGGUCUCCCUGGGUCUGAUGGCAGAGCUGGUGUUAUGGGACCUGCUGGAAGCCGUGGUGCUCCUGGUCCCGCUGGUGCUAGGGGUCCUAGCGGUGAUUCUGGUCGCCCUGGUGAGCCUGGCCUCCUCGGUCCAAGAGGUCUCCCAGGUCAACCUGGUAACCCAGGCCCUGCUGGCAAGGAAGGUCCCGUUGGUUUCCCUGGUGCUGAUGGUAGAGUUGGCCCAAUUGGUCCAGCUGGUGCAAGAGGCGAGCCUGGCAACAUUGGAUUCCCUGGACCAAAAGGUCCCAAUGGUGAACCUGGCAAACCUGGUGACAGAGGCAAUGUUGGUGUUGCUGGCCCACGGGGUGCUCCUGGUCCUGAUGGCAACAAUGGUGCUCAAGGUCCCCCUGGCAUUGCUGGCAAUCCUGGUGCAAAAGGUGAACAAGGUCCAGCUGGCCCCCCUGGCUUCCAAGGUCUCCCAGGCCCCUCAGGUCCUGCUGGUGAAGCUGGUAAACCAGGUGACAGAGGUAUUCCAGGUGAAUUUGGCCUUCCUGGUCCUGCUGGCCCAAGAGGUGAACGUGGUGCUCCAGGUGAAAGCGGUGCUGCUGGUCCUGUAGGUUCCAUAGGAAGCCGUGGUGCAACUGGCCCACCAGGCCCUGAUGGUAACAAGGGUGAACCUGGCAAUGCUGGUGCUGCUGGUGGUCAAGGCCCAGCUGGCCCUGGUGGAAUCCCAGGCGAGAGAGGUAUUGCUGGUGUCCCAGGAGGCAAAGGUGAAAAGGGUUUACCAGGCCUCAGAGGCGAAACUGGGGCAACAGGAAGAGAUGGCUCUCGGGGUAUUCCUGGUGCCAUUGGAUCCCCUGGCCCUGCUGGUGGCCCUGGUGAUCGGGGUGAAUCUGGUCCUGCUGGCCCUGCUGGCCCUGCUGGUGCUCGUGGUGCUCCCGGUGAACGUGGUGAGGGUGGUCCUGCUGGCCCUAACGGAUUUGCUGGACCUCCUGGUGCCGCUGGCCAAACUGGUGCUAAAGGCGAGCGGGGUCAGAAAGGACCUAAGGGUGAACUUGGUCCACAGGGUGCUAUUGGACCCGCUGGCAAUAGUGGACCAGCAGGUCCCGUUGGUGCUGCAGGUCCCGCUGGUGGUCGCGGUGACGCUGGUCCUCCUGGUAUCACUGGUUUCCCUGGAGCAGCUGGCAGAACUGGUCCUCCGGGCCCUGCUGGUAUCACUGGUCCUCCUGGUCCUCCUGGCCAAUCUGGCAAAGACGGUCCUAGAGGCCCACGUGGUGAUACUGGUCCAGUUGGUCGUCCUGGUGAACAAGGUGUCGUUGGCCCAGCUGGUUUCGCUGGUGAGAAAGGUCCAUCUGGAGAGCCUGGUGCAGUUGGUCCUCCUGGUACCUCAGGACCUCAGGGUAUUCUUGGUGCUCCUGGUAUCCUUGGUCUGCCUGGCUCUCGGGGAGAACGUGGUCUUCCUGGCAUUUCUGGAGGAAACGGUGAGCCAGGACCUGCUGGUAUCUCCGGUCCUCCCGGUUCACGUGGCCCCUCUGGCCCCUCGGGUUCUCCUGGUCUGAACGGUCCUGCUGGUGAAGCUGGCCGUGAUGGUAAUCCUGGUAAUGAUGGUCCUCCAGGCCGUGAUGGUGCUCCUGGUUUCAAGGGUGAGCGUGGUUAUCCUGGCAGCAAUGGUCCCGCUGGUGCCGCUGGUGCUCCAGGUCCUCAUGGUUCAGCUGGUCCUUCUGGAAAGCCUGGAAAUCGUGGUGAACCUGGUCCCGUUGGUGUUACUGGUCCUGUUGGUCCUGCUGGUGCAAGAGGUCUUGCUGGCCCACAAGGCCCACGUGGUGAGAAAGGUGUACCAGGUGAUAAAGGACCUAGGGGCAUGCCUGGUCUUAAGGGACACAAUGGAUUGCAGGGUCUGCCUGGAAUUGCUGGCCACCAUGGAGAUCAAGGUGCUCCUGGUUCCACUGGCCCUGCUGGUCCAAGGGGUCCUGCUGGUCCUACUGGUCCUCAUGGUAAAGAUGGUCGCAAUGGACAUCCUGGUCCUAUUGGACCUGCUGGAGUGCGUGGUUCUCAGGGUAGCCAAGGUCCUAGUGGUCCACCUGGUCCACCUGGUCACCCUGGCCCACCUGGCCCCAAUGGUGGUGGAUAUGAAAUCGGCUAUGAUGCUGAAUACUACCGAGCUGAUCAGCCAUCUCUCAGACCUAAGGACUAUGAAGUUGAUGCCACUCUGAAAUCAUUGAACAACCAAAUUGAGACCCUCCUGACCCCAGAAGGCUCCAGGAAGAACCCAGCCCGCACCUGUCGUGACUUAAGACUCAGUCACCCAGAAUGGACCAGUGGUUUCUAUUGGAUUGAUCCCAACCAGGGGUGCAUCAUGGAUGCCAUCAGAGUGUACUGUGACUUCUCCACUGGUGAGACUUGCAUCAAUGCUAAUCCAGAAACCAUCCCUACUAAGAACUGGUAUGUCAACAAGAACCCCAGGGACAAGAAGCAUGUGUGGUUUGGCGAAACUAUCAAUGGUGGUACACAGUUUGAAUACAACGAGGAAGGUGUGACCUCCAAGGACAUGGCCACCCAACUUGCCUUCAUGCGUCUGCUGGCCAACCAUGCCUCCCAGAACAUCACCUACCACUGCAAGAACAGCAUUGCAUACAUGGAUGAGGAAACCGGCAACCUUAAGAAGGCUGUUAUACUGCAGGGAUCCAAUGAUGUUGAACUACGAGCUGAAGGCAACAGCAGGUUCACUUUCAGUGUUCUUAUGGAUGGCUGCUCUAGAAAGACCAAUGAAUGGGGCAAAACAAUCAUUGAAUACAGAACGAAUAAGCCAUCUCGCUUGCCCAUCCUUGACAUUGCACCUUUGGACAUUGGUGGCGCUGACCAAGAAUUCGGUUUGGACAUUGGCCCAGUCUGUUUCAAAUGAAUGAACUCAAACUAACUUAAAACCAAAAAAAAAAAAAUCUCUCUUUGCCAUUUCUUUUUUUAUACUGAAAGCUGACUCCUUCCAUUUCUUCUGUUCAUCUACUUGCUUAAACUCUGGGCAAAAGAGAAGGAGAAGGAUUGAUUGGAGCGUUGUGCAAUGCAAUUUAAUACAGCCCCAAAAGGACUCAGAAGUCUUUCAAGAUUUUAACACCUUGUUUUGGGAAAUGUCAGCCUUUGUAAAAAAACAAAAUAAAAAAUAAUGAAAGUUUGCACCACUUGUGGCCUUUGAAUAUCUUCCACAGAGGAAGUUUAAAACCACAACUUCCAAAGGUUUAAACUACCUCAUACACUUAAAGCCAAGUGUGAUCCACAUUCACAGUAGGUACUUCUCCAUAUGAUCUGAGGUGCUUUUAGUCCCAUUCGUAAUACAAAGGUGCUAAUUUCAGUAUGACAGAGGAUCUUUCCAAUACUUGAACUUUGAUGGUGCUAGCAGCAUUUGAAAUAACACUUUUCUGUAUUAAGUUGUAUUGUUUCUUUGAAAUUUGUCUCAAAAUUUUAGUCAGAAUGUCCCAUCUUACCCCCAGAUUAAGCAUGUGGAUCAUUUCUCUCCCCUCGCCCCAUCUUCAUCCUCUCCUCCAAAUUCAGGUGCUCAUGCUUUUAAAUCUCAUAUUCAUCCUCUACGAUGGGUAAAAAGAAAGCAUCAUUUCUCAAAAAAAAAUUGUACCUAUUUUGUAUAUGUGAGAUGUUUAAAUAAAUUGUGAAAAAAUUGAAAUAAAGCAUGUCCAGUGUUCCAAAAGAAAACA